AUGGAGGUGUUCUUGAACGAGAUGAAGAAAAAAACAAGAGAAGGAGAAAGAAGAAGACAGUUGGCAGGAACAAGGAAAGGGAAAGACCAAAGCAACAACAGUGGUGAGGAGGAAGAUGGGAAGCAGAGAUCAGUAGCAGUGCUUUUGAGUGUUCGGUUGAACAAAAAUAACUUAGAACAGGACAUCGUCGCACGCACCAUUAACACCAUCGACCCUUCUCCUUCCUCCCACCCCCUGAUCUGCCUCCCGCUGCCAGCCACGAUGUCGUCGCCAGCCCUCGUCAAACUUGUCGACAACAUCAUCAGGGCGAUCGGUUCAUACCCAACAGGAGUUUGAUGGAUCUUGAUCAAGCCUACACCCUGUUGACCAACAUAACCAAUUUUUCUACCGGAUGCAAUUUUAGUGUUGGUCUUUUUUCCGUUCCAGUUUUUUGUUAUGAAUUUUCUUCAAAAUGUUUCAUGUUUGUGUCUUCUGUAUUGGUUUUUGCUACAAAUUUAUGCUAUUUAGAUUGGAAUUCGUCAAUGGGUAAUCUGGAUUGAUUCCUUUCCAGGAUUGUGAUUUAUUUUUGCAAAUGGGUAUUUUACCAGAUUUUGAAGAUUGAUUCCUUUCCAGGAAAUGGUCUUGAUUUUGGCUGAUGGAAAGUUGUUUUGAUCGUGAAUCAUUAGAAUCAAAUCACAUGUUUUGAAUCUUUAUUGAUGACAUUAGACAGGGAUGAAAUUUGGCUUUCACAUGGUGACAUUAGAUAGGGAUGAAAUUUGGUUGAUCAGA